UCUGGCAGAGUUUGAUCAUGCAUGUAAUUGAGCUGUUCAUCAGUUAGGCCAGAGAGGAAGAGACACUUCCCUGGUGACAAAUGAUUAUGGAUGCACCCACCAGCACAGACGGUGGCGGUAAUGAGCAGAAAAAGAAAAAAAAGAAGAGGAGGAAAAAGAAGAAGAAGAGCUCUUCGAAAUCAAGUUUACAAUAUUUUGAUUUUACGAAAAAAACCUUAUGACUUCAUCCAAUGUCGGCUUGUCGACAGCAUGGGAAAGUUCCCUUGUCCUCCCUGCAUCUCUGUGUCCCACCACUGCGGCUGCUGGCAGCGUUCAUGUGGCAGGUGGUAAAGCAGCGCAGAGUCAAAUACUACAACAGACUGGAGAAGUUUGUCUCUGUUGUUUUGGAGGUCCUGCCAGACCUACUCAUUGCUAAGGAAAGGACUGAACUACUCCUUGGCCUCAGAACAAUGUUUAUUCUAGACAUAUGCCGUGAUCAGCCAUCAGUGAAACUACAGAUAAUGCAGACACAUCUGGACAGACUGCAUAGGAUAGAUGUAUCGGCUACUGAUGGGAGUGGAGAUCCAGUGGUAGAUGCUGCUGUGAGAAACUUUGUGGAUCUUAUCCAAACCAUCCUGAGGAGUCCUCAAGAGAAAAAGCAUUUCUUCCAGGAAGUCUACCCAUUGCAUUAUGGUCCCAAAUAUGACACAGCACUGCAGUCACUGGUAUGGGAAUUCCUUUGCAGACUAGAAAAACGACUACCUGUCCCCAGCUUCCACCAGAUGGCUUCUUGGUUUGAUGAAGACCCUUUAUACUUGGAGAAUUCCUUACAAAUAGAACCACAGAAAGUCAAAAAUGUGUUGCAAUAUGUCAAACAUUUUGGACACUCAGAACAAGAAUCUCCACCUUCACCCAUCUUUGCAAACACCAUUCUCUCCACAAUGUCUGUCUCUAACACUCCAUUGCCUGCCACCUGUGAGCAAACUGACUCUGAGAAAUGUGCAUCAACACUCCAUGAAUCCCAAACUUCAGUAAAUGAAGGAGACAGACAGGUGUAUGAAGACUUUGUUGGACGGAUGGUGAAUGAUGAAGACACACAUGGAGAUGUGAAUGAAGACUACAUUCAGAGAAACCUAAAUGAUGAAGAUCCACAGACGGACAUGGAUAAGACUCAUUCUACUGAACAAGAAGAGGAGAACACAGGACUUCAUGCAGGUUAUAGCAGUGAGAGUCAGGAGAGCACUGACCACAGCAGCAGUGAGACGAGGGUCCCACCAUCCAGUGGCAGUGGCGCUGGAGUAUUUUCACCCAGCAGCAGCUCACUCAAGACAGCCUCUCAGGGAAGCAGAACAGCCGUUUCCACUGCAAGGAAGCCACAAAAGCAUGCAUGCCCAGAACGUGGCAAAACUUGUCCGAAACCAGGCCUGGCUGGACCUUCCCAAACAACAAAAAAAUGUGUCACAGUUGCUCCUAAGAUUGCGGGGGGUUACAUUUGCAGUUUUUGUUGCGUUGAGUUUAAAAACAUGUCAGGUCUUAAAACACAUCUGACCAUUCAUACAGGCGAGCGACCCCACCUCUGUUCUUACUGUGGUAGAGCAUUUCGAACUAAGUCGAUUUUGACGGGCCACACACGUGUGCACACAGGCGAGCGACCCUACGUCUGCUCCCUCUGCGGGAGGAGGUUUAUCCAGAAAUCAGGCUUGGUGGCUCAUGAACGGUUGCACACUGGUGAGAGGCCCUACGUGUGCUCCUUCUGUGGCAAAGGUUUCCCUGCCCCAGGAGCGUUGUUAAUUCAUACACGGUUUCAUACCGGAGAGCGUCCAUACAAGUGUGAAGUGUGCAAGAAAGGCUUUAUGCAAAUGUGCAAUCUGGUUGAACACAGGAGAAGGCACACAAAGGAGAAACCGUAUCCCUGUACAGUGUGUGACAAAAGAUUUACAAUGCGUAAUCAGGUAAACAGGCAUAUGAAAGUGCAUACGAGGUAAAGACGUCCAGUGAAAUCACUGUAGACUGUAGACUUUUUUUUUAUUGUUAUUUUUGGUUUUUACUGCCGAUCGUUUGACAGUACAUCAACGAAUGCAUGGCCACCACAAGGAUUUCUGUUGUCUAGUUAUUCAAAUGGAAUAAAAUGCUGAAGGAA